GUCUCACAUCUACCAACACUCGAUAGAGCAACUUCUACGAUGCCUAGAUCAUCUUCCAAUAACAACAUGAACAACCAACGCGAUUCUAAACACAGAAGAGAUUCACGUUCCAGAUCACCUCGCAGAAAUCAACAGAGUUCCUACCGCUCUCGAUCACCACUAAGAAAUAACUGUCAAGUCAUGACUAGGACCUCGGGCCCAAAGACCAAAUCUCACCUCUUGAAUCUACCAAAGGAGUUGCGAGAUAUGAUUUUCGAUCAUCUGCUUGACUCAACUCGUCUCACAUUCGGACACCGACAAAUCAGAUGUGAAUACCGCAAGGUUCUGCCAGCCCGUAACGCACUCGCUAUUCUCCGCGUUUGCAAACAAAUGUACCAAGAAACUAGCAACAUUUGGAUCAAUCGAGUCCUCUUCGAUUUUGAGGAUAGUUUCCCACUGCUGGACAAGUUCUCCCUUCUACCAAUUUCUACCAUCAGCCAAAUCCGCAAUGUUCGCAUUCGCAUGAAGAGUGAGGAGCCUGAUGCCCCUGAGGCUGUCGAGGACGAAGAACAAUUGUACGGACUACAGGUUUUACAAGGACUGCAACUUGACAGACUCACAGUUGUACCAGGUUGGGGCGACUCAUAUGUCGGUUGCGGAGACAUCACUCGAUUCAUAGAAACAAGCUUCCCUUGCAAGGAACUCUGCUAUCACACUCCCACAUCAAGUUUCCAUGAGAACAAUCAAUCAACUUCGGCGGACGCAGCAGAUCUCCUCACUCGUCGGAUCAACACGAUGGCCGAUCAGAUCCUAGACAGAGAGAAAUUCGGGACACCAUUUACCAUCCAAAUUCUGCAAUCAUCCGAGCCGAACAGCCAGCGCACUGGCGCCGUCUUCAAAAAUUCUGCAACUCAAGUUUUGAAAGAAACUCCAAUCUCCAAAAAUAUCGAUCCGGCUGCUAUGAUUGCAUGUGGCAAAGCUUUAGAUCCGAAUGCCGAGACACUGGUAAUCUUUAAGCCCACCGCGACCUCUUCCACUAUUCCAGACGAGUCACUUGAAGGAAUCCUCAAGACCGUUGACGGAAUCCAAGCUAGGAAGACCUGGAGAGAUGACUUUAAGGAUCAUUAUGUUCGCGAUGCCGAAAAAAAUAAACCGGAUAUGAGAAACAUCACCACUGGCGAACUAUAUCCAUGGCCUUUUGAAAUGCGAAAGACUCAUACCAUCAUUGAUAGAUAUGAAAAUGUCAAUGAUGUCAUCUGGCCUGGAAAGAACGUUGAUCAAGCGUGGCCAGGUGCGGAUUCCUCCUAAAAACUCUAUCUCAUCGGCGGCACAACUCAAGUCCGCUUCUCACUCAAGGGUUUACUCGACUAAAAAAUCUCCUCACUCAUCAGUUUUCCCAAGAUACGGGCCUCUUGACUAAAGAGUCAUCAUCACUAAAGGACGAAUCCAGGGAAAGUCUCAGGACCCGACAAACAUCAACUUGAUGGUAUAAGGGCGGCAUUAUGGAAUUGAAAAUCGGAGAAAAAAAUUUGACACACCUUCUGUACUUCCUCGAGACAUUGUUACUAGUUGGAGGAAAUAUCAAAUAACGACAUGCGGGGCGGAAAUGAAGUUCGGAGAUAAUUGUGGGAAGAGAUUUGGCAUUACUUCAUGGCAUGGGAAAAGGAAGGGCUGAUAUACCCCUGGCAUUUAGUGAUGUAUAAAGUUCUUUGGAAACGGGGGUGGAAAACUUAAAUCUGAGUAAAUAUUGGCAUUUCACAACGUGAUUGGG